UCACGCCACUGGAGGUGGAACCUGUCAAGAUGAGGCUGACUUUCCUGGUCGUUCUGGGAGUGCUGCAACUCUGCAGGCCAGUCUUCCUCUCAGACCCCCUGCUCUACACCUCUCAGCUGGAGGAGGGGCAGGAUGCACCUAGCAAGCCCUGGCUCAACCCUCUGCUGGAAGAUGUGGUCCCUGAUCUGGACAUCCACAGUCCAUCCACACUGACAGAGACCUCAGAUCUAGAGCCCCAGUUCCCAGACUCCCUGUUUAUGUAUGGGGAGAACGCCAACCUUAAAUGGGUAAAAUGGGAACAGUCCCUCCCUAAUGGUGCUGUGGGCAUCUACAACGGUUACACCGAACGACAUGACUACAUCUGCAAAGUCAACUGCGAAGCCGGCUUCUACACCGCAAGCAAAGGCAGUUUCUGCCAGUACCCCUAUGCUGACAAGGAGCAUUCAUCCUCCAAGUUCGAAGUCCUGGUCAAUGUGGACAACUUUGAGUUUGUGGAGUGGAUCGAGGAGGAAUAUGGUGCUGUCCCCCAACAUUCUGUCAAGACCUGCCAAGGCGUUGAGAUAUACGUCGGCAAGAACAAAUACGGUCUGGGAAAGGUUGUGACCCAACAUAAAGCCUUCUUCUUGCCUUGGGAGGGCGAUGAGUACUGGUACAAGAGGUACCAGGUCCUGGCCAUCAACAGGGACGCCUACAGCCAGCACAUCUCUCACGUGGAGUAUGCCAUCGACCAGAUCGAGCUGUUCAACCACCCUCCUGAGACCAUGCAGUUUGUCAGGGUCACCAACCUGGAGUGCAGCAGUGUGGAGAAGAAGGUCUUGCUGGAGAAGACCAGCACUGUGGAGAAGACCUGGGACAUUGGCAGGGAGAGCCGCAACAGCUCCACCACCAUGACGGCCAAGGUGCCCAUUAUCAGCCCAGGCACCGUGGACUUCACCAAGGAGCAGACGGUGAGCUUCUCAGAGGGAACCACCAUGGUGGAGUCUAUCAGCCACUCCAUCUCUGUGGAGCUGCUGGUCCCUCCCAACCACUCCUGUGCCGUGCGGAUGGAGGGCAGGAAGAUGACCGCCGACAUCCCCUUCACGGGUAGGCUGAGCCGGACCUACCAUAACGGAGACACCCACUGGACCACCAUCAUAGGCACUUAUGAUGGUGUGAGGGUGGGGGAGAUCAAUGCUGUGGUGGAGAGAUGCCAGCCUGUCCCUGAUGCCAUACCCUGCUACCCCAUUGAGACAGACUACUGAGACAGAAGAACUCUAGAUGUGAGAACUUUAAACUCCAAUGUGCCCGUGGUAUAUCCCUCCAGACACAACGUGAACAAAUUAUAACCCUUGUGUCACAAUACCUUUUCAUCAAUAAACUGAUAUAACUCCAUAUUCAGAUAAAAGAGCCAGUCAAUUUAGUUUUGUGAUCAAGAAAAGCAUUUUUUCCCAGUGUAACUAUUUUCCAGACAAAAAAUAUGAUCUUGGUGCAACAUUUUGUGUAACUUUUCUUGAUUUACCUCAUGUACUCCUGUAGGCUACAUGCACAUAUAGUCGUAUCAUCAUCAUCAUAAUUUGUUUUAAUGGCCUAUAAGUGAAAUAUCAUUUCAGCACAAAGUUACACAAGGCUGAAAGGUAAAAAAUCACUAUAUUACACUGUGCGUUUGCUAUGAGUGUGUAGGCAUGUAUAAGUGCAUUUAUAAACCUCCUAGCUAGGUGGCGGUACGAUUAAAAAUACCAGACGUUGGUCACAAUGA